AUGAUCUUCCUACCGGGCGGUGAGACGGAGCUGAAGACGGCGGACAAGUCGCGCAAAGCGCUCCGGUACGGUGCACACAGCUUCGACUGUUCCUCUUCCUCGAAUGGAGAGCAGGUGGCAUUCGUUGCGGAUCUAGGGGCGAACGCGAUCCAGGCAUAUCAAUUUCCUUCGCUGCAACACCUGUACACCGUCGAGUCGAAGAGAAAAGGUGAUGGUCCGAGACACGUCAUCCCCCACCCGCACGAGAACCUCAUCUUCACCGUCACGGAACACUCGAACUACGUUGACGCCUAUCAGAUCCCCUCCUCCUCCUCCUCCUCCUCCUCCUCGCCGCUCACCGGUGAGAUCCGCCAUGCGGGGGAAGCAGAUAUGCUCACACCCACCCAAGCCCGCAAAAGAGGCGAUUGGAGAGGCGACACGCUGCGCUUCUCCUCCAACCUCGACUACCUCUACGCCACCACCCGCGGCAAGACCACCGAAACCAGAGGUCUGCUCAUCGCCUACCGUCUCGCCAUCACCGCUGCCGAGGACGGCAGGCUCGGCGUGGAGCUGACCGAAGUGGAUCGGUUCGUGACGAGGACCAGCGGAGGCAAGGCGAAUGCGAUCGAGUUGUCCGCACACCUGAUCGAGCAGGGCGUCGACCAUAUGGUGCUGACGGACGAUGAGGACGGGUGGAUGGACGUCGUAGCCUUCGAUUUUGGCAGGGAAAAGUUUGCGGUGAAGGCCAGUACGAGGUUGCCCGAGCUGGAAGGGGGUGAGGCGCAAGGUGCUAGCCAUGCAAUUUGGUUGUUGUGA